GAGUUUUUGGAGAAGUUCCGCGAUCCUUUCAAGGCACCAAAGGGCGGCGACAACACAGAGGUUUCCGGCAUCAGGAUCGAUUACGCACGACUACCCAUCUGGCCCAUCCUCGGCCUACGAGAACGACUCGGCAAGGCGUUGGGGCGCGACGUGGUCAGGCAUUUCGACCCUCAGGAGAUAGAGACAUGGGAGAAGGACCCAGAGAAG